GUGCUGCACCCAGAUUCUCUGCAGCUGCUCACAGGGAACCGUCAAAAUUUCCAUCCUUGAGGACCUUGAAUUUGCGGCGGAAGAAAGCAUGGGUGCGGGAGCAAGUGCCGAGGACAAAAAGUCUAAGGAGUUGGAAAAACAACUCCAAGAAGAUGCUGAUAAGGAUUCUAAAACUGUCAAGCUCUUACUGCUUGGUGCUGGUGAGUCAGGGAAAAGCACCAUUGUAAAACAAAUGAAGAUUCUGCAUCAAGGUGGUUACACAAAAGAGGAACAAAUGGAGUUUAGAGCGAUCAUCUACGGCAACAUCCUGCAGUCUGCUCUGGCUAUCAUCAGAGGCAUGGAGAUGCUGGGCGUAGCUUUUGGCUCGAGUUCUUCACAGGAAGAUGCACAGAAGCUUCAGAACUUGUCAGACUCCAUCGAGGAAGGCACAAUGCCUCCUGAGCUGGCUGAGGUUAUCCAGAAACUGUGGAAAGACUCUGGAGUGCAGGCCGGCUUCGAGAGAGCUGCUGAGUACCAACUGAACGACUCUGCUGGCUACUACCUCAAUGAAAUGGACAGAAUCUGCAAGCCAGAUUACCUCCCCACGGAGCAGGAUGUGCUGCGAUCUCGAGUCAAAACAACUGGUAUCAUUGAAGAACAGUUCUCCUGCAAAGAGUUGCACUUCAGGAUGUUUGAUGUGGGUGGCCAGAGGUCAGAGAGAAAGAAGUGGAUCCACUGUUUCGAGGGUGUGACCUGCAUCAUCUUUUGCGGCGCUCUCAGUGCGUACGACAUGGUGCUCGUAGAGGAUGACGAAGUGAACCGCAUGCACGAGUCCCUCCAUCUAUUCAACAGUAUCUGCAACCACAGAUUCUUUGCACUGACCUCCAUCGUACUUUUCCUCAACAAGAAGGAUCUCUUUGAAGACAAGAUCAAGAAAGUCCAUCUGAGUAUCUGCUUCCCAGACUAUGAUGGCCCCAACACGUACGACGAUGCCAGCAACUACAUCAAGUCGCAGUUCUUGGACCUCAACAUGAAGAAGGGUGUGAAAGAAAUCUACUCCCACCUGACCUGUGCCACAGACACAAAGAACGUCGAGAUUGUGUUCAACGCUGUGACAGACAUCAUCAUCAAAGAAAACCUUAAAGACUGCGGUCUUUUCUAAGCAGCUCCAGGGUGAAAAGAGAACGUCCUUUCCUACCUUAACCCCUCACGUAUUGGCAUUAAAUGAGAAGUGUACUGAUGCACAGAGGAUCCUCAGUUUGUUGUGUUCAUGCCAUCGCUUCCACGCCAAAGUCCCAGUCCUGGUCCUUGACGGCUCCUAGCACCUCACCAUCUCCAGCAGUACAUCCCUGCAACACAGUGCACGUCCAGCUGGGCUGAAACAACUAUCAAGUCACUAUAUCGUUGUUGUGGACAUACAGCUUUCUACGAGAUUCUUCAGUUUUUCUAAAGUACAGUAUUUAUCUAACACCAGAAGCUGCUGGUUUGAAGGUAUGAAAAUGAAAUAGUUGCCAG